AAAAUUUCGAAAUUUUGUUUCUGUUUUAAUUUCAUUCGAAUAAAAAGCUUUUCACCAACUAAAAUAUUUGACCCUAUUGGCCAUUGUUUGUUUCUUUUAUUCACUCUGCGUUUGCUAACAUAAUAGGUAUAGAAUUUAUAUUGAUCAAACUACAUUUAAGGGAUUCAUUGUUAUGGAUUUACAGUGUUGCUUUUUAAAUCGUAACUUUGUGCAUUUAAUUAGAUACUACGGAUAGUAAAAUACUUGAAUUUUCUAAUUUUUUUCCUUAGAAAAAACAGUAAUGGCCGAUCCUCGUAUUAAAACUCUAAAGAUUAAAACGGGGGUCGUUAAAAGAUUGACUAAAGAGAAACUUAUGUACAUAAAAGAAACAGAACAACAACGAGAAAAGGUUGAAAAAUUGAAAGCAUCUGGCAUUGAUGAAAGUAAUCUUAAAAAACAAGAGGAAGUAUUAAGAGAGUCACAGAUGAUGAUACCAGAUACUCAAAGAAGAUUAAAAGCGGCAUUCCAAGAUUUGAAAAGUGUAAUAGCUGAUUGUGAAGAGUUAAGUUCGGAAGAAGAUUAUUUAAAUGCUCAAAAAUUUUUGGCUGAAGCUGAAAAAGAAAUUUCACAAUAAUACACCUAUCAUUCUUUAAUUUUGCACAUUUAUACUAACAUUUUAUUAAUAUUUUUUAACAUAAAUUAAAUUCAUUACUUUUUUUUUAAUU